GCUCUUUGCUGCGUCUUAGCACGCUGCACUUGCAACGUCGCCAGCAUGACAAUGGCCAUUUGUUGCACCAGCGCGAAGGCUCGGGGCAUGGCGGGCGAGUGCACCAAUUAGGGUUACCUUGCUCGGCUGGUGCGAGUGCAGCGAAUAAACAAUGUGAAAGAGCCGUGGGUGCACCGACCGCCACCAAUCGGAUCACAGAAAUUCUUUCUAUGGGGGGGCACGUGACGCGGUUCGGCCAAUCGUGCCAUUGCACAGUACUAGGUAACUACUCAUUCACCAUUUUUGCAGGGCUUGGUUUUGCUGGACGCGAGCGGAGAAUUUCCCUUUUGCGGCGUUUUUCACGCGUUGAUGGCCUCCGGACACUAGUUGACACCGGCAUUCAUGAAGGUCAAAACCUGUUCCUUGCUGGAUAUUCAUGGCAAUGCCAGAAAUUAGAGAGCCACCAUGAAAAACCCACAGCCCAGCUGUAAGGUCUGUAGCCCCCGCUCCUUGGAAACCAGCCGACUCUGUUCCUUCAAGUCCUUCCGAAGAAAGGACAUAAUUUUCUUCGGAGAAGCCCGCCAUACUACAGACACUGGCCCGUUCUGCUUGUAUUAGUUUGGCCAGUCUACCACAACCAUGGAUAGAGGAGUCACGAGUUCCUACCAAAGCUCCCUGGACUUAAAAAGGAAAGCGGAGGAGAAGCUGCUGCUCGAGGGACCAACUGUGGUUCAACAGUUGGACAUUAGCUCUCUGCAUCGCAAGAAGUCGGCCGAGUCGGGAUACGAGGAGGAAGAGUCAAGGCUGGACGACGAACUAAAAAAGGCUGCGAGCAAGCUGCCGAAGAAGCGCAAGUUUGACUUUGACUUUGCCGAGGUAGACCCCCCGUAUGGCGUUCGGAAGGGAAGCAGCACGGCGGACCUCGCCCCGGCCGUCGACCUGCGGGACUGGAAGGGUCAGCGCGUGCUGGUGCGUCUCAGGGACGUGUACGAGCCGGCAGUGAUAAAAGACAUUGCGGGCGACCGGGACGUGGUGGUCCAGGUGGACAGCUGCCAGCGGCAGCUGUUCUGCAUAAAGGAUGUGUUUGAUUCGGCUCGCCUGGACAUCAUCAGCGACCACAGUCCGUCUUUGGGACAGGUCUCUGUUGGGAUGGAUGUGUGUGUGCGCGUCGAAGAGACAGUCUACGCCGAGGGAGUGGUGGUGGAGAUAACGUCGCGUCCCCCCGUCCAGUACCGUGUCCGCUUCCCUAGGAGACCCGGCUGUGUGAUGAGUGAUACGCUGUCGGUGCCUCGUGCGGGGCUGCGCCUCAAGCAGCCCCCCUGGAGGGAGGAGCUGGAGUCUGUGUCUCCACUCUUCACUGUGCGCGAACCGCCGCCGCACAUGCUGAACCCUCCUGUGCACCUAUGCGAGGACGGCAUGGGUGCGGUGAUGCCUCCCGGGGCAUUGCCUUCACACAACGUCUCAGUCAUCACGGAGAGCGUCCACCGCCCGCUGCCUGUGCCGAUGCUAAUCCCGUUUGACCUCGACCGGUCCUCGAGUGAACUCCUGACGGCCCAGCGCAUCCGCAAGUUAACCCUGGGCAGCUCUUCCCCGACCAACGCUGAAGACGACUCCUCGGACGACGACCUCAAGACGGGGCGCAUUGAGUUCGACCCUAACCCGAGCCCGUCUCGUCCCAACUAUUGUCGCGACAACAACAACCUUACCCCACGUUCGCGCCUGGCCACCUCCUCGUCUGCGGAGAUGCGCGUGCUAACGCCGCGGUCGCCAGCAUCCGCUGCGUCUGCUCAACAGAAGUACAAGAAGGGAGACAUUGUAUCCACACCGAACGGUAUCCGCAAGAAGUUCAAUGGCAAGCAGUGGCGGCGGCUCUGCUCCAAGGAAGGCUGUACCAAAGAGUCGCAACGCAGAGGCUACUGCUCGCGACACCUUUCGCUCAAGGGUAAGGCCAGUGGCAAUGGCGCCCCUCGGAAACCGGGCUCUUCCCAGCAGCACCCCUUCCAGCCCGGACGGCUUGGCUCCGGCCGCGAGUGGGAAGAGUCGUCGCGGGAGAGUGACACGAGUCCUGGUGACCGCGGCGGAAGUCGCGUGCAAGGCCGCUUCGACUUGGACGAGACGGAGGCGGCCAACAUGCUGGUCUCACUGGGGAACUCCCGGUCUGCAACGCCCUCUUCGGCCAGUCCGCCCGGAAGGCCCGAGCUUUUUGCCCCCAUCAGGCACGCAUCGGCGUCCCUUUGGCCUCCCGAUCCGGCUGUGCUGUCUCCAGAGUCCAAGUUCCGGCCGACCGCGGUGGUGGUUCACCGGCCGAGAGUGGUGAAGACUUCGGAGCCGGUCUCGGUCAUCCAGCACUCGCUGCCCGAGGCUGUGGCCCACAAGUUGCAGACGGCAGCCGCAUUGAGCGAACAGCAGACGGCAGCACAGAUGGUGCUCCUGCAGCAGGCUCUGCAAGGGAGUGCCAGGGCCAGUCUCGGGGACAUGCCGACGUACGGCACAAUCCAGCUGGCGCCCGGAGCGGUCAAGGGUCCAGAGCGAGAGGCCUGUGGCAGCAUCAACGGACAGGUGGCCGCGGUCGCCUUGCAGACAUCGCAGCACAUGCAGCACCAUCCGAGCCCGGCCCACUUGCUGCCCGUGAUGCCCGUCGUAGUGGCCAAUGGGGAGCCCGACAAGGAAGAGGCAGUUCUCGAUUCCAGUGGGGGAAACUGGAACGACGGCAAACCCAUUCCGGUGUUUCCGUGGCACUCCUUGGUUCCCUUCCUGGGGACGCAUCCGUCGCCUCCGAGCAGCGCUCCACCUACUGUGACCACCGCCCCUGUCGUGCCAGACACGACCCUGCAAGCCGCCGGCGGCACCGAUCAAGAGGAAGGUGAUGAUGACGUGUUCGACACCACGGAUUCUCCAACAGCAAUUGUGCCUCCGUCCACAAAACGGAGGUCCCAGUCACUCAGUGCCCUUCCGAAGGAUGACCUCAAAAGCCCACGAAAGGCCAAGGAAAAGGACCACAUCCGGCGGCCCAUGAAUGCCUUCAUGAUAUUCAGCAAGCGCCACCGGGCACUGGUUCACAAGCGCCACCCAAACCAGGACAACCGCACAGUCAGCAAAAUCCUGGGCGAGUGGUGGUACGCCCUCAAUCCCUCGGAGAAGCAGCAGUAUCACGACCUUGCCUUCAAGGUGAAGGAGGCCCACUUCAAGGCCCACCCGGACUGGAAGUGGUGCAGCCGGGACCGGAAGAAGUCGAGCCUCGGGGGACCCCAGUGCAAGGAUGUGCGAAAGUGCCUCAGCACCUCGGACGACCUGGGCGGCACCCUGGCCUCCGGGGACAGCCUCGACCAGCACGAGGAUAACCAAAAGGAAGAUCUGACCGUCACCAAGAAUGGAGAAAGUUCUGAUAAUUGCGCCCUUCCUGCGUCGUGGGCCGAGGCUGCGUCGGAGUCUUCCAUCAACAGUGCCGUCAUGGGAAGCAUCACGGAUAAGGAUGGGGACGCUUCCAGCGACGAUGAGAGAAUGAUAAUCUGCGAGGAUGAAGGGGACAUGGAGCCCGCGAUCGACCUGCAGUGCAAGGAGCGGGUGGCCGAGAGCGACUCGGAGGGCGGGACGUCGGACGCGUCCCCGCGGCUGUCCCCCCUGGGCACGGGCCCCCCUCCGGGGGAGGUUACGCACCGGCCCACGCCCAUUCUGCGGGAGCCUGCCCCCCUCCGGGAGGCCCCCCGCCCCAUGGGGCCCCACCUGGCUUUCCAGCCCACUGGGGCCGUCUUCAGGGACGUCCACUCGCCCAAGAAGAGGGCCCCCGCCCUUUCGGAGGACAGGCAGCAGCGAGAGGUCGCCGCGGCAUCCCCACUGCGCACGACCUCCAACCCGGUGCCGAUCCUGUCUAAGCCCAUGUAUGGGCACCUGGGCCACACCCUGCUGGUGCCCGGGGCAUCCCAGUACACCCUUCUGAGCCCCCCGCCGUCCAAGGGUGACCGGGCGGCACCCCUGACCGGCGUGAUGUUCAGGCCGGGCAUGCCCCCCUCGCCCGACGGCGGGGCUCCCGUGCGCCAACUCCACAUGGCCCCCACCCAAGUGCAGUACCUGCUGCCGUCCUCCAUCUCGCUCCAGCCGUCCCCGGCGGGGGUCAAAAGCGUGCUGCAGAUGGCCAUUCCCUCUGGGAGUAUUCAGCUGGGCACCCCAAACACCACGGCUGUCAGCAAAAUACUGACGUCACCUCCGGUCAUGGCAUCCAGUCCCUCGAGCCCGUCGGUGCAAGGCGUGAUCGUGGGCAAGGACGUGCUGGCCCCUCAGCUGAUCUCGCUCGGGGGCGGGCCCCUGCCCCCCCAGAUCCAGGUGACCCCCGCCGAACCCCCGGCGGUCGGCUCCCCGCGGCUGCUCUCGUCUGCGGCCGGAACCCACUGCCUCGUCCUGCCGUCGCCCGACAGGCGAAGUCAUUCCCCAUCAUCUUCGCCCCACCCCCCAGGCGUACUGAAGGUUCACUCGACUCAUUCUGCAAAGGACGGCAGAGACUCCCCGCGCUCGGCGCUAACCCCUCCCGCCCCGCCGCCGCCCCUCGGCUCGAAAGUGGCCGUUGUCACAAACAGCCAGGGCGUGCUUCCGUCCAGCUCUCCUCUGAGCUGUUCUCUGGCCAGGUCGCGCGUUUCACCCUUUUUCACGGGGGUGCUUUCCAUGAAAUCCGGUAACCUCACCCCAACGGAACCAAAGCUGGACUCUAGCCCUCGAUCUCAUAGGACCAAGACACUCACUGCCUCCGCCAUUAUGCUCCUAGAUUCGAGACUACAACCCGACAAGUCUGACGAUUUCAAAUCUAGUAGCAGAGCAUCACCAGAGAGGACUUCGAGGGGGAGCAAAAAGACCACGGAGCUCGGCGACAAAAUGCAAAGCCCGCUGUCGCUGCCUUCCCUCGAAGAGCAGCGACACCUACAGCAACAGCUGCAGCAACAGCAUCAUCAGCAGCAGCAGCAACAGCAUCAUCAGCAGCAGCAACAGCAUCAUCAGCAGCAGCAGCAGCAGCAUCAUCAGCAGCAGCAGCAACAGCAUCAUCAGCAACAGCAGCAACUGCAACAUCAUCAACAGCAACAGCAGGCGCUGCAGCUGCAUCAGCAGUGGCGCCUCCCGCAGCCUCCUCCUGACGUGCCCAGCGGCCAGGGGGAGGCGAGUGACGGCUGGCCCCGGGACCAGCCCCGCUUCGUGCUGGCCCCGACGCCGGCCCAGCUGGGACGGGCGCCCGGGCAGCUCAACCCCCGCAAGAGCUCGACGGAGUCCUCGCGCACCGCGGAUCUCAGCGACGAGUCUAGUCGGGCCCCGCCGGCCCCCCAGGCCAGGGAGGACCCCCCGCCAGAGGCACCCGAUCUCAGGGAGGAGGCCGGCAGCUGCGGCCCCCCCAGUGCCAGGGAGGUCAGGAAGUCCAUCCUCAAGCGUACCGUGGACGACGGGAUGGACAGGGUGUUGGAAGAGGUCAACUUCAACGCUCAGUUCGCCAAGCUCCCAGAGUUCAAGCCAGAAGAAUCUCCGUCCGGGGCCACUUCGUUGCCUUCCUCUCCAUUUGUACAGACAUACCGAAAGCGGCCCAAGGCGACAGGGCCGGAGGUGGAGGAGUGCGAGGCGUCUUCCCCGGGUGGGCGCAUGCCCAAGAGUUCCCCCGUGGGCACCCCCCGGACCCCCAAGACGGGCUCCAAGCUGGAAGGGACCACCUUCUUCGGCCCCAGCUUCAGCCUCGACGCGCUGGUCGACGUCGGCGCCCGCAACGAUGCCUUGGAUGGAGGUGACAUGGGCUCACCAAGAACCCCAAAGACACCGGCCGACGGGGAGAAGAGCCACUCGUCACUGCGCCGUACCCUGGAGCAGCGGCGCCAACUGGUCAUGCAGCUUUUCGCCGACGAGGGCUGGUUUCCGUCGGCGCAAGCGACCGCCGCCUUUCAGCAACGCCACCGCGAAGUGUUCAACAAUAAGAACACCCUGCAGCUGAAGAUCCGCGAGGUGCGGCAGAAGCUGAUGGCCCAGAACAACCAGGGCAGUGUGGCCACCACGCCCAACGCACACGAGGGCGCCUCCGAGGCCGCCUCCACUCCGCUGCCCGCCCCGUCCCCCGCCACCAAACCUCCCACCGAGGCACAGCGCUCCGAGGCCCAGAAGCCCGAUCCCGCGACUCCGCGAAGUGCCACGUAAAAGCAAACCCCGGCAGCACGCCCGACACGCAAGGGUCUUCAUCGUGUUGUUGCGUCCCGUUCCUGGUCUGCGAUCGGCUUGCCCGGUUAGUGCCCGAUUGGUCCAAGGACACGAAUGUGCGGACAGAUUAGCUCCCUCGAUAGACGUGAUCUGGUUGUACUUACUGCGUUUGAGAUUCCGGGACGAGGGAGGGGUCGUCUGCAACGAUGAGGCGAUUGUGCCACGGUGUGCACAGUGCUCAAAUUCAAUUAUAGUUCCGUGUUACUGGUAGUUUAAACUCGGUGAUUAGACUGCGCAGGAGUCAGAAGCUUGCCACCUGUGGACGCGGCUGCCGUCUUGGCUGCUCCCUUCGCCUCGGGCUCGUCGUUGCGGACGACCUCUUGUUUUUCUGUCGCUAGAGCAAUACUACCGUCAAGGAGAACACACAGAAAUUGCUGCGCUUUGGAUACUGCAUUCUAAAAGCUACUACUCCGGUGCGAAUGUACCGGUGUGGUCAUUCUUUUAUGCGAUGCCCGGUUGUGUCUGGGGAAUUGUGAAACCUGAACAUUUAAUUUGACAUCAGGGGAUCACUGUCUCGUAAGCCUGUUUGGUUCUUCCCGUGGGACAGGUGUUGCCCACUGCAGUACAUUGAGAUUGUCAGCUGGCAUGCGCAGCACUUAAGACGUCAUCUCAGGGGUGGUGCCAGGGAAAUGGGGAGUUUUGGCAGGUUAGUUUUGCAGUCACAACAUCGACAUUGGAGGGCUUAUGCUGCCAGUCUGAAGCACACGUUGAGGCACUGGCACCGAAAUACUGCUGUGGCCACGAAAACGAUCAGCUAAAAUUCCCCGUUACUUAACAGCGGGUGCCAAACACCCACGCUGUUUUUGUUGUUUUCAGUGAGCUCGUUUACAGAAUGUUCUGAAUAAUGUGGACAUUAUUGGGAGUCUUUGCCGAGAGAUUAGAUGGAAGGAAGGGCACAUUUCUUUGAGUUUCCCCGUACGCUUUGAGCGAGAAAAAAGAUUUGACACAGGUGGUCAACCAAUGUGGUGCCCAGGUCACCGUUAGUAGAGUAUGUCUAUAGAAAUAGUAGGCUUUAAGACUUGUGCUUGCUGAAAGAAAGUGUAAAAAUGGUAUAUACUGCCAGUCCGGGAAAUUGUUUCUAAGGAACAGUAUGGUAGACUCAUCUCGUUGCCCGUCAUUCGCAGUCACUUCUUUGCACUGAGCCCGCUGCUGCCGUUUGUCGAUGGGUCCUAACUUCUUCCAACUUGUAAUAGUAGUUUUUAGUGUUUUGUUUUUAUGAUGUUUACACAAAUUUUAAUUAGAGAAAAAGAAACAAUAUAGGGGGGGGAGUCCAGAGGGAGAGGCUGAUUUACAAGAGGCAUGAGCUCAUGCUUGCAGCAUACAUUUUGGAAGCAGCGAAAAUGUGCAGUACAUUUCGUUCUACGGUGCUUUCUGCAGUGAACCCCUGUCAGCUAGCUGUGUAAAAUAAGUGGUUGGGCAAAAGCUUUUGCCAUAGAUGCGACCAUCCUGUUGGGUUCAGCUACACUGCAUUGUUGCUAGAUGGGCUAGCGUAGAACAGCGACCGUGAUGCCAUUGAAAAUGGUUGGCGUACCGAGGACUUGCAAAGCAGGCCUUGCGUGUAUUGGAAAGCGGAACGGCCUCACGAAACUCUGAAGGCAUGCACAGAAAUUGCUGUACGCGGGAACUUGUUGGUGGGAGUCGCGUCCUCGUGUUCAGCCCACCAGAGCUACCCCUGUUGAGCCUGGUGCUGGCUUUUGUUUUGUUGCAAGUCCUACUACCAGUGAGCACAACAGGUAUACUUGCCUUAACGAGAAAAACUCGUUGACUCCAAUUCGUCUGCAGCUUUGAAACCUGGAGUUAUCCACCGUGCAACUUAAGGUCCGUAGAAGUUGGCUCUUUCGGCGGUGUCAGUUCUAUUUCUGGGUGCAUCAUGCUGAACUUCACUGGGUCAGGGCAUUA